CGCACGCUUCAUAUUUCCAAUUUUUAAAUCGCGGAAGUGCAGUUACUGUGGAGUACGUAGCACAGUCACAAUAUUUUAAUAAAAGAUUGAAAGUGUUAACUCUGGCAACAGACUGAAAAAUGGAGGACGACGCUCCUGUCAUUUAUGGUCUCGAAUUUCAGGCACGAGCACUUACGGCCCAGACAGCUGAAACUGAUGCCAUUCGUUUCCUUGUGGGCACACAGUCACUAAAAUUUGACAACCAGAUCCACAUCAUUGACUUUGAUGAUGAGAAUAACAUCAUUAAUAAGAAUGUCCUUUUGCACCAAGCUGGGGAGAUAUGGCACAUUGGCACUAGUCCUGCAGAUAAGGCUGUGCUUACCACCUGCUAUAACAAAACCAGUGACAGCAGGGUGGUGUCCUGUGCGGCAGUAUAUCGGAUGCCCUGUGAUUGGGAGACAGGAAGUCAUGAGUCACCUGACGACUCCACCCACAACCCCCAAACCCUGGAGCUGCUCUGUCACCUAGAUGACAGCGCCCACAGCAAUACUGCCUGCGUGCUGUGGGAGCCCAUGGGGGAUGGCAAGCGUGUGAUUUCAUUGGCUGAUAACCACGCACUACUCUGGGACCUGCAGGAGAGCUCCACACAAGCCACGGUCUCCAGCACUGCCACCCUGGAGGGCAAAGGUCAACUGAAGUUCACCUCAGGCAAGUGGAGCCCCCACCACAACUGCAGCCAGCUCGCCACAGCGAAUGACACGGCCAUACGAGGCUGGGACCUCCGCACCAUGAGUCAGAUCUACUGUAUUGAGAAUGCCCAUGGCCAGCUGGUGCGUGACCUGGACUUCAACCCCAACCGCCAGUACUACCUGGCCAGCUGCGGAGACGACUGCAAGGUCAAGUUCUGGGACGUCCGCAAUGUCCAGGAGCCCGUCAAGACCCUGGAGGAGCACUCACACUGGGUGUGGAGCGUCCGCUACAACCACAGCCAUGACCAGCUGGUGUUGACAGCCAGCAGUGACAGCCGCCUCAUCCUCUCCAAUAUGGUGUCCAUCUCUUCAGAGCCAUUCGGACACUUGGUGGAUGAUGAGGAGCUCAGCGAGGGGGAGGACAACCACCAGGAGGACAUGGGUAAGGAGCCCCUAAAGGACAGCGUGGUGUCCACCUAUGAGGAACAUGAAGACAGUGUGUAUGCGGCAGAGUGGUCGUCGGCCGACCCCUGGCUUUUCGCCUCACUCAGCUACGAUGGACGCCUUGUCAUCAACAGGGUCCCCCGCGCCCUCAAAUACCGCAUCCUGCUCUGAGAUGGUGGGGAGGGACAGGUGAUCUAAAUGUGUGUGUGUGUGUGUGUGUGUGUGUGUGUGUGUGUGUGUGUGUGUGUGUGUGCAGUACUACAAAAAGCUGCUAAUAGACAUUCCAUUACAUCUUGGCACAGUAAGCAUGCUGUGCAAGACACUGCAAACUGUAUGUGAAGUCAGCGAUGGUAAAGACUGUGUGUGUGAUAUAAAUAUACUGUUCCACUGACCACUGUAAACUAAAAAACUGUGCUGGCUAUCCCAAUUAAAGUAUAUAAAAAAAACAGA